AUGGCGGCCUUUUCAGCAUCAGGCUUCGAUGCCCAAGCCUACUUCAAAGCCCGACCACAGUAUCCCGAACCCAUCUUUGAUCUCAUCUACGCCUUCCACUCUCGCUCGCCGUCCUCGGCACGAUUCGAACGCGCACUAGACCUAGGAACGGGUCCAGGUCUGCUAGCCUACCCUCUGACAUUGCGUUUCAAGCAUGUGAUAGCUAGCGAUCCAUCCAGCUCCAUGCUGGCUCAAGCCAAGUCCAUCGAUCCCCGCACGGAUCUGGAAGCGAUGAAAGGCCAAGCUGUUCCCCCUGAUCACACGCUGCAAUUCUUGACGGCGUCGGUGGAGGACUUGAAGGGAGUCGAGGAUCAGAGCAUGGAUCUCGUCGUGGGAGCCGCCGUAGCUCAUUGGUUCGACUGGUUCGCGGAGCCGAAUGGUGAAAGAGUGUGGAGUGAGUUGGAGAGGGUUCUGAGGCCUGGUGCUAGUGUCGUCUUUGUGUGAGUCGCACGAGACGAGAAAAUGUUGGCGAGCAGGCCCCUGCUUACCCUGCCAUGCCUCGCUUCUCCCCAGCGGCUACAUGGUGGCAGCAGCAGCGGGAUUGGAAGUAUUCAACAAGUACUGCGUCGAGUCGCUAUCUCAGCAUCCAGACAGGCUGGGCAAAUACUACGAGCUGGUGCGUGCGAUGAUAACUCUCCUUGCAAGGCCCUCACACGAUUUUUGACGUCUUUUGAUUCUUGCCAGGACAAUCCCCAAGCGCCCGUGCAGAUUGUAAGGAGCUGCUACGACAUGAUUCCCCCUCCUCGGGCACCGGCCUGGGAUGAAUCGCAGACCUUUAGCCUCAAGCAAGACAUAGACCCAUCCAUCUUCACAUCGACCGAGCCUCCAUCUGCAGCUCCGUCCUGGGUCACCUCUACCCUCUCACCAUACUUUUCCGCUCUGCACCUGCUCAAGUCCGACUCUGAGAUUCAAAAGAGCGGUCUGCCGACCCUCUUGCGCAAGAAGGGAAAGCUGAGGCAAAUCGUAGACAUGUUCAAGAGCUCCAGUGGGUAUGUCAAGCUCAGGGCGGAAAGGCCCGACGAGGCCGAGGCUUUGGUGGAGGCCUGGAUGGAGGAAGCUAGGCUGGAGCAGGCAAAAGCCGAUGCAGCCAAGAAGCUCGGCAAGGAUGUUGGAUCCGUCAGCUCGGGGGAGGCCCAACAAUUCCUCUUGCCUUGGGAUCACGACAUUGAGGUGAGCCGGGUGAACGUCUCUACGCUGCUAGCUGCUGACCACAUUCGCGCCGCACCGCACCGCACCGCACCGCGACGCGCCUCGCGAUAGCUCAUUUACCCCACCCACAUCAGCUUCUACCGGCGCGCCUGA